AUUAGGAUUGAGAAACGGACGAGGAAGUCCGUGCUGGCAAAAGAUUCCCUCAUUCAUUCACUUACUUUUUCUAUUGGUGCUGCACAGUAACUGCUGGGAGGUGUUAAAUAGCAAUUUUGAUUAGAAUUAGAAACCCUAAAAGGAAAAGGAAAAGGAAAAGGAAAGAGGCAUGGGGUGUGCCAGCUCCAAGCUGGAAGAUCUCCCCGCAGUGGCCCUGUGCCGGGAGCGGUGUGGUUUCCUGGACGAAGCAAUUCACCAGCGCUAUGCACUCGCCGCCGCUCACAUCGCUUACAUAAAUUCUCUCAAGUCAAUUGGUCACUCCUUACACCUUUUCAUUCAGCAAGACAUGGAUUCUCCUCCUUCCCCCUCUUCCUCCCCUUCUCCCCCUCACAAACUCGCCCAACACCUCCCCCCCUCCUCUCCUUCUCCCUCCGAUUCCCUCGGCUCCCACCUCCACUUCCACUCCGACUCCGACGACCUCCCCUCCCUCCACCAUUCCCCUCAAUCCUCCUCUCCUAUUCCUAUCGCUUCUUACUUCACCGGUCCAGAUCAUCACCCUCCCCAUCUUCAUAUGAAUUUCAUGCAGAACAAGGCCUCUCCUUCCAUUGUCUACGAGCAGAUGCCUUUGAGUCCCCAAACCAUGUACGUUGGAGAGUCCUCCUCUUCCUCCUUUUACCCUUACCAGUAUCCCCCUUACCCCUACCCCUACGAUCCCUAUUCUGUCGGAGUACCCUCUUCCUCGCCUCCUCCUCAGCAGCGCCUUCCCGUUUCCAAGCCUCCCCCGCCUCCGCCCUCUCCUCCUCGCUCCUCCCCUUGGGACUUUCUCAAUUUCUUCGAUAACAGCGACGACAAGUACUAUUCCCAAACUCCUUACCCUGCCACCGCCACCGCCACCCCCAGCCGCGAUUCCAGGGAGGUCAGAGAGGAGGAGGGGAUCCCCGAUUUGGAAGACGAGGAUUACCACCAUCACGAAGUCGUCAAGCAGGUUCAUGGGGAUCAGAAGCUUGUCCAGCCUAAGCACGAACCCCCUCCCUCCUCCCACCACAAGCCGGACGAGGAAGACGAAGAUGAUGAUGAUGAUGAUGAUGAUGAUGAUGAUGAUGAUGAUGAUGAAGAUGAGGUAGAAUACGAGGUGCACGUAGUGGAUAAGAAAGUAGUUGAUGGUGAUAAUAAUGAUGGGAACAAGGCCAAGGAGCACGCCGCAUUGCGUACCCGGAGACCUGGUUCCCGGAAUCCACUUGAGGUUGCCAAAGAGAUUCAGAUUCUAUUUCAGAGGGCUUCCGAUUCUGGUGCCCAAAUCGCCAAGAUCCUUGAGGUCGGCAAGCUUCCCCACAAUAGAAAGCACGCAGCUUAUCAAGCUUCUUCGAAGAUGUUACAAGUUGUUGCUCCCUCAUUGUCCCUUGUCUCCUCCCAACCUUCUACUUCCAAAGAUGCCGAAUCCGCCUCCGCUGCUAACAUGGAUUUUGAUGUUGAUCUAACAACCGGGGGGCGCAAUCUUUCCUCUACGCUGCAGAAGCUCCUUCUUUGGGAGAAGAAACUCUUUAACGAAGUUAAGGCAGAGGAAAAGAUGCGUGUUAUGCAUGAUAGGAAGUGUCGCAAGCUGAAGCGUUUGGAUGAUAGGGGUGCUGAUUUUCAUAAAGUUGAUUCAACUCGAACUUUGGUUAGGAAUCUGUCCACAAAAAUUAGAAUGGCAAUUCAGGUGGUUGAUAAGAUUUCUAUGACUAUAAACAAGAUAAGGGAUGAAGAACUGUGGCCACAGCUGAAGGAAUUAAUCCAGGGGUUGACUAGAAUGUGGAAAUCCAUGCUUGAAUGUCAUCAUGAUCAGUGUGAAGCAAUUAGAGAAGCCAGAAUACUGGGUUCCAUUGGAUCCAGGAAGAAGAGCAGUGAUAGUCAUCUCCAGGCAACCAAGCAGCUUGAACAUGAGCUUAUCAAUUGGACAUUCCAAUUCUCUGGCUGGAUAAGUGCCCAGAAAGGUUAUGUUAGAGCAUUGAAUAAUUGGCUGUUGAAAUGUCUCCUGUAUGAACCUGAAGAAACUCCGGAUGGCAUAGUCCCCUUUUCCCCUGGUAGGAUUGGGGCUCCGCAAAUAUUUGUAAUAUGUAAUCAGUGGUCCCAAGCUUUGGAUAGAAUAUCUGAAAAGGAAGUUGUUGAUUCCAUGCAUGUAUUUACCAUGAGUGUGCUUCAGAUAUGGGAACAAGAUAAGCUAGAAAUGCAUAGGCAGGUGAUGCAGAAUAAGGAUCUAGAGAGAAAGGUGAGAAAUAUGGAUAGAGAUGACCAGAAGCUGCAGAAGCAAAUUCAAGCGUUAGAGCGAAAGGUGGUUCUGGUAUCUGGAGAAGGUAAAGGUCUCUCAGUUUCUGAGAAUAUCAUAUAUCAGAGUGACAAAAGCAGCAGUCUACAGGCUAGCUUACAGUGCAUUUUUGAGGCCAUGGAGAGAUUUACUGAUGAAACUGUGAGAGCUUAUGAGGAGUUGCUACAACGGAGCAAAGAAGAAAGUGCUGCCCGGAAUCACGAGAGAGUCUCAUAGGGUGGUGUGUAGCUGAUGGAAGUUGGAAUCAUAUUAUCCUUGCCAUUUGCCGAGAAGAGAAACUAGCUGAUCUCCCUCUACUAACUCUAUUCUUUACAAUAGAGUCUUGGGAGGAGGGGCUGGGUUUGACUUCUUACUAGGCUAAGCUAAGCUAAGCUAAGCUGCAUUGGAGCCGAAGAUGCUGCUGGGAUGGGACAGUGGAAAUUGUUGUCAAACGGAAGGAGAAGUGAGGUGUGAGGCGCACAGUGGCUUUUUGGGUACUCAGUGCUAUAAGGCUACAAGUGAAGUUGUGCUGGCUAAAAGACAGUGGAGCCCACAAAUUAUAACAUCUAAAUGGUCUUUCUUUCUGCAUUAGAAAAUAGAAAUGAAGGAGAAGGACGGACUUUCAGGUAUAUAACCCCUGUAACUGCAACUGCAAGUCAUGAUAGAAAGGCGCUCAAAUUGAAGCAGUGAAAUUGGAACAAGUUUCUCUCCUUCGCUGAUGAACGUAGCUAGCUAGCUGUCUGUCGGAAUAACGCACGUCACUGAAUGCAUGGGUGUUUAUUGGUUCCUGUAUUAAAAUUAUGUUCAUUUCGUAAAAAUAUUCGUUUUCAAGUUAAAUUAUUGUACAGAUUACCUAUUAGUAACACUGAGCAGGCUUAAUGGAAAAGCAUUUAGAAUAAAAUAUUUUUUUUAUAGCCA